CGGAGAUCAUUUUGAAGGGAGGGAUGAGCAUUAUUGGUCCUGUCAAAGCAGAUUUGCAGAUUUAGGGAGAAAGCAAAUCAGAUGGCACCCACAAUACUGUAAAAUGUAUUCCCGAUGAAGUGCUUUCCGAAUGAAUCCCUGGUUUUAUCUUGCAUCGCUUCCUUUAUUUAUACCACGAUGCUUCUUUACCUCUGCAAUUGAGUGCACCGAAGUUGUGUGGGAAUUUUGUAGAACAGAAUAGAUUAAACUAAGCAUAUCAAUAUCAUUUCCAGUUAUGGCUACUGCAAUUAAUGUAGGGGAGUGGUGGUCAGUGAGAAAGCAGGACAUGGCUGUGCCAUCCAAUACUUCACCCCUCAACACGUUCAAUACAGAGCAAAGCAGUACUCAGUACUCACACGAUGGAGUAAAAGCAGGGGCAAAGGUAGCCGCAAUUGCAUUUGUCGCAUCUCCAAUCCCCGUGCUGAUGGGAGCACGGGCCAUUCCUUGGGCAAGGGCGAAUCUAAACUAUGCAGCUCAGGCACAUAUCAUCUUUUUUGUUAGUGGAGCAGCCUAUUUCAUUGUGGCAAUAAAACUCCUUCAAAAAAACUGGGUCUCAUGGAAGCAUAGUUCUAAAUGGUAGGAACAAAUAUGUGGCUGUAGCUAUUCUGGUUUUAAAAGGGACCUUUCAUACAGCGUGUUAGUGACAGGUCAGUCGAUCGCAGCCGUUAAUUGCAAAAUCGACGGUGUAAAACACGCAACUAACACGCGUGUUAGUCAAUCCGUACUGUCAUUUUGGAGCUAGAAUGGACACUGCAACCGUUAAUUGCAAAAUCGACGGUGUAAAACGCGCGACUGUGUUAGUCAAUCCGUACUGUCAUUUUGGAGCUAGAAUAGAUGCAUAUGUGUAGUCCAGUCAUGGUUAAUGGCUACGGUGUAGACACAUGGAUCUUAGAGAAUGGGUGGAUAAUUUUCAAGACUGAUAAUACACACCAAUAUAUGAGCAUCAGUUCCUAUCUGAAUUAACCACAAAAAAAUCAAGAAUAAUAAUGGCUAUAGGGGGGUGCUGCCUUGCCUUAUGACAUCAUCUUGGUUAUAGUUAUUCCUGAUAGUAGAGCCUCUUUAAGGGUGGAGGGUGAUGGGGCUUCUUGGGUCCAGCCGACACUGAUUUGAUAGUGUUUUUUCCUUGCGGGCAGAGGUGGGUGAUCUUCACGCUCUGUGCAUUGGUUCAUUGAAUGAAUCAUUAUGCUUUGUGCUCUCUGGCUGGGCAUUUUUUCUUAUGAUGGCUUGAUAAUCAUACUAUCCCCUCUCUGUUACUCAGGUAUGGCACAUAUUCGUCUGUUUGUUAUGUUGUUACUGG